GGUUCCUCUUGGGUCUCUGACACGUAGCUUCCCAGAGAGCGGGAUAAAGCGGGGAGGAAGAAGGGGUCGCUCCCGACGGCGUGAGGAGGGCAGGUGAGGGGGAGUCGUUGCCUCGCCGGAGAAAGAGGCUUCCGAGGAAGAUAGCAAUGUCUGGAUUUGAUAAUUUAAAUACAGAUUUCUAUCAGACGAGUUACAGUAUUGAUGAUCAAGCACAACAAUAUGGAGCAGAUGCUGGAGGAGCAGCAGCAUAUAGCAAGCAAUAUGGUGGCUAUGAAUAUUCUCAGCAAGGUGGAUAUAUCCCUCCAGAGAUGAUGCAACCUCAACAGCCAUACACUGGUCAAAUUCUUCAGCCAACAUCAGCAUACACCCCAUCUUCAUCACAAUCGUUCUAUGGAAGCAAUUUUGAGGAUGAACCUCCGUUACUAGAAGAACUAGGAAUAAAUUUUGACCAUAUCUGGCAGAAGACUUUAACAGUACUGCACCCAUUAAAAGCUGCAGAUGGCAACAUUAUGAAUGAAACUGAUCUGGCAGGGCCUAUGGUCUUCUGCCUAGCCUUUGGAGCCACCUUAUUGUUGGCUGGAAAAAUUCAGUUCGGCUAUGUAUAUGGAAUUAGUGCAAUAGGAUGUCUAGGAAUGUUCUGUCUCCUGAAUCUGAUGAGUAUGACAGGUGUCUCAUUUGGUUGUGUUGCAAGUGUCCUAGGAUAUUGUCUUCUUCCUAUGAUCAUACUUUCAAGCUUCGCAAUUGUAUUUUCCCUACAGGGCAUGAUGGGAAUUAUUCUUGCUGCUGGAAUUAUUGGAUGGUGUAGUUUUUCGGCCUCCAAACUCUUCAUUUCAGCCUUAGCAAUGGAAGGACAACAACUUCUAGUAGCAUAUCCCUGUGCUUUAUUAUAUGGAGUCUUCGCCCUCAUUUCUGUGUUUUGAGCUGACUGUCUUAAUUAUUGGACUUAAAUGAGCCAAACUCAAAGCUUUUACUUGGGAUGCUUAAACUGGGACCAGAAAUCAACUGUUGAGCUGCUGUCUUUCAAGAUUAAUAUUUGAAUUAUUGUCUGGAGCAACAAUAACAAAGUGUUCUUUUUGUGUUUCUUUUUAUAGAACUCUUAAAUACAUUUUUACAUUGACCUGUAAAAGCUUCAGCUUUCAAACAAGCUAAUUAUGCUGUUUAAAAUGUAAAACUCUUUUCUGUCCUAUAA